AUGUUAAAGAAAUCUAACAGCAGUAAUUGUGUGAGCCCUACUUGCGAAGAAUCGGAACCUUUAUCUUCGAGCCCUUCUAAAAAUACGAAGACUUUGUCUCCAAAGAUGUCACCGAGAAAAGAAUCAAAGAAUGAUGUGACCUCCAAUCAAAAUACUCUUACUCCUGAAGCUUCAGCAACAAGAGAGAAACAGGAAAACCUUAUCGCUGCUCUUAGUCAAUUAUUGAAACCAGCCAAGAAUAGUGACGUAGAGGUAGUUAAGAAUAUGAUAACGAAUGUGGUGAAGAAAUUGUACUUUGCAGGAGCUUCAAGCUUCAAUUUGUCAUAUGUUCAUGAACGUCUAAGGGAAAGAGGAAUAUUUUACAAAUCUUUAGGAUAUUCAUCUUUCAAGUCGUUAUUUGAUGAUUGGAAACAGGAACAUCCUCAGUUCAAGUUGGUGACAGACCCAAAGAACGGAGAGUUAAUAUUUUCCAAUCCAAUUAGCGUGCUCAAAAAGGUAGACAGCCUUUCAAAUGUAGCUGAUGCCACAAAUAACAAUCCAUCCCGAAAAAUAAUAACCAACCAAAAUGUUUCUGUCAAAAGCUUCACAAAGAAGGAGGUGAAGAAAGCCAUCACGGAAAUUGUUAAUGAUCUGAAAGUCAAUGUUUCACGAUUCAACUUGUCAAUUGUGCAUGAAAGACUUAGAGAAAGAGGAAUAUUAUACAAAGCGUAUGGUUAUGAAUCAUUCAAGGAGAUGUUUGCAGAAUGGGCAGAAGAAAAUCAUUCUAUUCCUCUAGGCAUUAAAAAGAGCAGUGGUGAGAUGGUCUUCUUAUAG